AUGGCAAAAAUUCAUUUAAAUAAUGAAUAAUAUUAAAGCAAUUCUCAUUAAAUUUUAAUCCCAGAGGAUGAUUUUCUUGAAGAUGAUCAAAUGUAAUAAUUUAGACGAAAUACACUUCCACUAAUGUCAGCAGGUUAUGGAAGAUUAAGUGCAGAAAAAAAUAUAAUGAUAAAUAUAUUAGCAAUGGGAUUUGAUUAAGAUUAUGCAAAUGCUAUUUUGAAAAGUAUGAGUGAUGAAGAUUUCGAAACUCUUGAUGAAAAUGUUAUUUUAAACAAGGUGAUCUCAGCAAUUUUGAUUCUAGAUGUAAAAACACAAUUCAUAUUUUUAAUAAGAAUUAUUAAAAUGAGGAUUCAUUAUAACAGAGAUAACAUAGAUAGGAACUACGUGACAUGAUGGGAACUAUUAAUCCAAAUUUGAUGAGUUACCUAGGAUUGAAAAGUAAUAGAUAAUCAUAACAGCUUCUUUAAAUAACAUGUGGGAUUUGUAUGGAAUCUAUAUAUGAUGACAGGUAUCCGAUCUUGGAUUGUGGUCAUAAUUUUUGUUUGUAAUCAAAAAUCUAUUUUAUAGAUCUUGUAUGAAGGCCUAUUUAAUAGAUCGAAUCGAGAAUGGAUAGGUUGAUUAAAUGAUAUGUCCUUAAUAAGAAUGUAAUUUUCAAUUAAGUGAUGAUUACAUAAAUUAAAUUGUGGAACCAGAUGUAAUGACAAAAAUGAAAAAGUUCAGAAAAAUCAAAUAAUUAUAACUGGAUCCAGAUAUCAUUUGGUGUCCAAGAAUAGGAUGUGAGGAAACAGUAAAGAGGAAUGGAAAAAAAAAAUUAAAAUGUAAAUGCGGUUAAUAAAUAUGUCGAAAGUGUGGUAGAGAAAGACAUGAUGGACAAACUUGUAAUGAUCAAAUAGAUAAGGAUUUUAAGAAAGCUAUCAAAAAUUUAAAGAUUUAAAAAUGUUAAAAAUGUAAAUCUCCUAUUUAAAAAAAUGAUGGGUGCAAUCAUAUGACUUGUAAAACCUGCAAAUAUGAGUUUUGCUGGUUAUGUAGAGCUAAAUACAGUUAUCGACAUUAUUCAAAUUAUAAUAUUUUUGGAUGUCCUGGGAUGUAAUUUACAUAAAGAGAUCCAUUUAAAUAUCCAAAUUUAUACAGAUUUAUAGCAAUUUUAUUAAUAUUGAUAUUAGGACCUCCUUUAUUUAUUUUAGCUCUAGUUUUGGGAUUUAUUAUUUUAGUAAUUGGAUUGCCAGUAAUAUUUUAUAUGAACUAUGUUCCUUAUCAUCAAUUCGAAGAAUAUAGUUGUUGCAGAAAAACAUUCAUUAUUAUUUUCUUCAUUAUAGUUUGUCCUUUAUUGUCUCCAAUUUGUUUCCUACUGGUUAUUUUAGGGAUCGGAGUGGCUAUAAUAGUUGGAAUACCAUAUUGCAUAUAUCUAUUCAUCGAUUGGCUAAGAUACGGAUGA